UUGCAUCUCAACUUCAACGCCCUACACCGCUGCACCGCAACUCCCACAGCUGCGCGAUCAAUCGAGGUUAUACUAAGAGCAAGAUAGAGAGAAAGGAGUUGCAUUGCCUGGUGGAGCUUGCUUAUUCUAUUUUCUUUUGUGUUAUUAUUCCACUUUAAGUCUUGCCUCAAAUCGAAACAGUAGGACGUCCACCCUCCUCAUUCGCUUGACUGACAUUCAUUCUGCAAAUAAAUCACGAUACAUUAUACAUCAUAUUGGUAUACAGUUUGAUUACAGAUUUGGAGAACGUGAAAAGGACCAUUUAGCCAUUGACUGCCAUCAUGGGCGGGGAACCACUACCGGGCUCCACGAGUCCCUCGACAUUGUCACGGAAGCGGUCGUUUAGUGAAGUAGAUGGUUGCGCACUGAAAACCAAUCCACAGGAUAAUAAUGGUGGAACUGGUUUACCAGAGGUCGUUGUCCCGAAUGAUGGACUUCAAGAGUCCAGUACUACGCAUACCGCUGGGAUGAAAUCUGAAAUACACCCCUCGAUCGAAACUGCCGGAAUUCCCCAAUCCACUACCACGAUCAAAUCUUCUUCCACAUCAACAUCGACCGCCUCUUUGUCUGUCGAUUCUCUUCCACAUGCCGAUAGAAUUGGUUCCCCUGACCCAUCCAUUUUAUCGCCUAUCCCCUUACCUAAUUGCAUUGACAAUAUCCAGACCCAGAGCCAAACCCCUCCACCCCUACCUGCCACCCCCCCAGCUGCGUCGGGGUUCGUCUUACCAAAUAACAAUAAGAAACGGAAGUUAUCUCCCGCUAGCAAUCAGGCGAGGGCAUUGGAGAAGGAAAUGAAGGAGAAGCAGAGAGCGGAGGAAAAGGCCAAGAAGGAGGAGGAGAGGAGGAGGAAAGAGGAGGAACGGAAGAAAAAGGAAGAGGAGAAGAAGAAGAGGGAUGAGGAGAGAGAGGAAGAGAGGAGGAAGCGGGAGGAGAAGAAGAAAGCAAAGGAUGAAGAGCGGUUGGCGAGGGAGGAGGAAAAGAAGAAGAGGGAUGAGGAGAGGAUGAGGAAGGAGAAGUCUCAAAUGCGUUUGAAUGCUUUUUUUGCAAAACCAACGACACCCAAUUCGGCAUCAACUGCGAAUGCAAUAGACGGGAGAAAUUCUAUUCCGGUCAAUGAUUCGAGCGGUGCUUCUGCGGCCACGAAAUCUGAACAGAAUCUUCUUUCUGACUACGAGCAAGAAUUUCCUCCUUUUUUCUUGCAGUCGCAUGUGAAACUGGCACCACCACAUCGUUUUGAACGGGACACGGAUUCUCUCAAGUUCGCUUGCGAGAAGCUUGAUUCGUUAUUUAAAAGAGUUACAUCGUCCGAAGAGGAGGCACCAGCUAUGACAUUUCGUCCUUCAGAACUAUUCAAUAUGCUACCUUAUAAACGCCGGCAGGGCAAACCAAAUGGCCCCACAGUGAGAGAGAUUUUACAUAUGAUGCAAGAUGCAGCUUCGAACACUAUUGAUUUGACGGGAGAUAAGAAAACUCAAAACCCUGGCGACCUGCUGAAGAAGAUUCCAAUGAAAGUUUUGAAGUUUAGCGAAGAUGUGAGGCCACCUUAUCAGGGUACCUUUACGAAACGACUACCCGAGCAAGAGGCCAGGAGACUAUGUCGAAAUCCCUUUGGGCGGAUAGUCCCGGAUUUUAAUUAUGAUUAUGAUUCAGAGGCUGAGUGGGAAGAGCCGGAGGAAGGCGAGGACCUUGACUCAGAAGGGGAAGAGGAGAUGAGUGAAGAUGGGGAUGGAGACAUGGAAGACUUUUUGGACGAUGGUGAUGAUGAUGCUGUGGGUGGGAGACGAAGGGUAAUUGUCGGUGACCUGGAGCCAGUGUGCAGUGGGAUACAUUGGGAAGAUGAAGGCGAUAUCGAUCCGAUGAUGAGUUCAUGUCGGAUGGAGGUUAUAUCAGAAACUUUAAACUUCCCCAUCGACCCCUUCUCUUCAGUAUACUGGAGUAAACCUACACCGGCAUCCCGCUCGCCCUUGAAACACCUUACGCAUCGUUCCAAUCAGCCUUUAGACCGGGCUGGCGCCAUGUCCAGUGACCUUUCUCAGAAGCAAUAUUCACAAUCCUCUGGAUUACUCCAACCUCCUUCCACCACCCUUCCUUCAACCCUAACUACAACACUACCGUCGGGACAAUCCACUCUUCUUCCCGUUGCAGUAUCGAAUCAGAAGCCACGACGCUCAUUCCCGCCGGAUCAGGUAGCGGAGUUUAAAGAGGUCAUUGACGGAAGUAAUUUAACGAAGGCGGGGUUGAUUGAGGUGUUAAAGAAGCGAUUCCCAAAAGUAUCCAAGGACAUCAUCAAAGACACGCUCACCUCCACCGCACAAAGACUCGGCCAGAAAGAAGCAGAUAAGAAAUGGGUUUUAAUAUGACAAACUAACUAUCACCCAAUUUUACAUAACAUAACUAACAUACGGAGUACAUCUCUUUAAGAUGACAUAUGAAACCACAGCGCAAUGCUCCUUUUUUGUUUCCAUUUUUAAUACCCAUGUCACCAUAUGCCCCUUUUUGCCUCUAUUUCAUCUGGCGCGCUCCGAUCAUUAUAGAUGAAAAUUCUACAUGUAGAUGAUAGAUGUAUGAUUCUUUUUUAAUUUUUUUUUUUUUUUAAUUUUUUUAUCUAUCAACACUACAUAAGGA